AUGAAGGGAUCUCUUUUCGCCGCCGCGGCCAUGGUGGGCUCUGCCAUGGCCGACGGUGUUCACCGUCGUCAUGAUGCUUUCCACCAGCGUCGGGAUGCUUCUUCCAGCGCCUGGCCCUCGGUCUCUCCUAGCCCUUCCAGUGCUUCGAACGAUGAGAUGUGUGGCUGCACCACCAAGGUCAUCACCUACUACGGAUCCGCUACCCUGGUCCCCAUUGAGACCUCGACCCCCGUCCCCGUUGAGACCUCGACCCCUGUCCCCGAGUCCACCACCACUCUGACCAGCACCGUCAGCUCAACCAGCACCAGCACUCUGACUGUGACUGUUUCGGCUUCUCCCACCCCAGUUAGCACCAGCCCCGCUAGCAGCAGCGCCCCUGUAGUGCAGCUGCCUACACCCGGUGUCAGCACUUUCUCCACCACCGGUGUCUACACCAUCCCGGCCACCACCAUCACCGUCACUGAUGCUACCACUGUCUGCGGUGCCACCUCCACUGACCUCCCCAGCGGUACUCACACUUACGGCGGUGUUACCACCAUCGUCGAGACUGCCACCACUGUCACCUGCCCUUACGCCACUGUCAAGCCCUCCGGCACCACCGUGACCAGCGUCAUUGAGACUACCACCUACGUCUGCCCCGAGGCUGGUACCUACACCGUUGUUCCUCCUACCACCACCGAGGUUCCCACCAGCACCGUCCUGGUCUACCCUACCCCCCACACCAUCACCCCUGGUACCUACACCCAGACCGAGUCCACCAUCACCGUGACCCGCACCGACUACACCUACGUCUGCCCCGCUCCCACCGGUGGCCUCGCCUCCACCACUGCCCCUGCUCCCACCGUUCGCGCGACUACCACUGCUGCCCCCUCCAGCACCAGCAGCACCGCCGCCGCUACCAGCACCAGCGCUCCCCUCGUUCUCGGUGAGGGCCAGUACGGUAUGACCUACUCCCCUUACACCGAGGGUGGUGACUGCAAGACCAAGCAGGAGGUUGCCAAGGACCUCAACACCAUCAAGUCCAAGGGCUUCAACCUCAUCCGUGUCUACUCCACCGACUGCUCCAGCCUCGAGUUCAUCGGUGACGCCUGCAAGGACCUCGGUCUCAACAUGAUCCUCGGAGUCUUCAUUGACGGCUCCGGUAUCUCCGGCGCCCAGGAGCAGGUUGAUGCCAUCUCCAAGUGGGCCCAGUGGAACAUGGUCGAGCUGAUCGUCGUCGGUAACGAGGCCAUCCAGUCCGGCACCAUGGACGCCCCCUCCCUCGCCUCCUUCAUCAAGUCCGCCGGUUCCGCCUUCAAGGCUGCCGGCUACAACGGCAAGGUCACCACCACCGAGCCCGUGAACGUGUGGCAGAACUAUGGCCCCUCCUCCCUGUGCGAUGCCGUCGACCUCGUCGGUGCCAACAUCCACCCCUUCUUCAACGCCGACGUGUCCGCCGAGAAGGCCGGUGACUUCGCCAAGCAGGAGUUCGAGUACCUCAACAAGAUUUGCGGUGGCAAGGAGGUCAUCAACCUCGAGACCGGCUGGCCGAACGCCGGUGACUCCAACGGUGCUGCCAUCCCCGGUAAGGCCCAGCAGCUGACCGCUGUCCGGGCUAUUGCCAAGUCCGUUGGCUCCAAGUCCAUCUUCUUCUCCUACUCCAACGACCUCUGGAAGAACCCCGGUUCUUUCAACGUUGAGCAGCACUGGGGCUGUGCCGACGUCUUCAACUAA